GCAAACGCUGACAGUACUGUCCUAAAAUCCUAAACCCCCAGAAGCUAGGGUUUUCUGCUUACCGAGUUCGUCUAUUCUCGCAUUCCAUCCCCUCCCCCUCCUCAUCCUCUCCUCCGUCCUCUCUCCAUCUCUUCACCUCCCCUAUAAUCCUAUUCACCGUGUCGCCACCACACGCCCCACCCUCUCUCUCUCUCUCUCUCUCGUGUUCGCCCCCCGCUGGGCCGGAAAGGAGGCGCGACCCCGUGGAACAAGUACUCCUCUCUCUUCUUCCGUAAUCAUAUCAACAAGGCAAAUAGUUGUCAUGGCUGUUGGCGCUGCAUCUGAUUCAGAAUCACCAGCUAUCAGAGCCCUGGGACCUCUCUUCAAGCUCACUGAAGUCCAUAUCUGGGAUGAUAAUAAAUUUAACAAUUCCGAGGUAUCUAGACACGAUGAUGCAUUGGUAGAAGAACCUGCUGGUUCUUGUACCACUAGUAAUGCCCACUCAAGCAUCAUAAAAAUGACAGAUGAUUAUUGUUCAGUGGAAGAUUUAGAAUUAUCUCUUCAGAUGGAAGCUCUGGGGCUUCCUGUUUCCUUUAGCACAACUAAGGAGAUGAGGAAUGUGAGUUCAAGUAGGAAAGGAAAGGGAAUGCGGGUGAAAUCUAGGUUUACGGAUAAACAAAUAAAGAACAGACUUCCUGAAGUUACCAAAGUUGGUGAAUGGGACUACGUGUCGUCAAGAGUUAUCCAUGAUGGUUCAAGCAUACCUGUUUUUUGCACUACCACAGAAGGCCAAUGCGAAGCCUCUAAUAAUGAUGUUGCAGACGAGCAUAACAGAACGAAUGGCUGCUCUGAAGGAGAAGAUAUAAGUGUAGCUUCUGCAGUCCUUAAUGGAAUUGAUGAAAAUGGAGUUUGUGGUGAAAUGACUAAUCAUGUGGACAGAGAGACUAGACCCAGUGAUAGUGAUUCAGAGAAGACUGCUGAAAGUCUGGAGCAUCCAAAAUGUUUAUAUGUGGAAAAAUUUCCUGCAAAUGUUUUGGAGGUUGCUAACUCUGGACAUUAUCAGGAGGGAGAAUUGUCUAACAAACAGGAUGAGGAAAAAUACUCUGAAAUUUCAUCUGGAUCAUGCAAUAUUUUUAGUGCAGAUUGUGAUGCUGUCGACAUCAAAACUUUUCAACCCUGUGUGAGCUCAGCAGAGACAUCUCUAUCCUGUGCUUUGACUGAUCAAAGUGAUCAUGGGCUUCAAGACUAUUCUGAUACUAGAUUAUGUUAUGAAUAUGGUAAUUGGAGGGUGAUUUGGGAUUCCUUCUACAUGAGGAAUUACUUCUACAAUGUCCGAACACAGGAGUCCUCGUGGUAUCCUCCCGAUGGAUUGGAGCAACUUGCAUUUCCUUGCACCACAUCUAAUCUAAAUGAAAUGUUUGCUGAUGCAGCUGAAGAGUUUGCCAGUGUUAGGACUCUUUGUGAUGCCCCUCAAGAUCAGGUUUCCAGUGGAUUACAAGGCACAACCAAUUCACUACAAGGAAAUGAUGGGGAAUUUAUUGAUCAGUCAUCACUAGAAAUCUCUAUGAAUGGUUAUCAUGCUACUGGCUUUACUUGGUCUGGAGCUGAUCGACAGGGUGCAAAUUGUGGAUAUGAAAGUCUAGAAACACAUGCCUAUGACAGGAGGGAUCCUGACAGUCUAGGUCUGCUCAAUUCAUCAGAUGUGAAAGAUCAUGCAACAGAUAAAUGGGAUGCCAGAAAACACUGGGACAAACCAGACAAGAAUGCCACUUGCCAUGAAGGUUAUAAUGUGCCCAUGUCAUUCAGUGUUCCAAUAAACAAUAGUUUAAGCACUAUACAUAAUAAUAAAGUUGAUAUGGAUGAAAAUGGAGAAAGUCAGACCUCAGAGCUGGAUGGUCGUCAUGAGAUUACAACUACUGGGAAGAAAAAGAGAGCAAGAAGACUCCGGUCACAUAGGAGAGCAUUAUCUGAGUUCGCAUUGCAAGCGGUAAAGGAAGGCCUCCUUAAAUACUGGUUGCAGAGGUACUUACUUUUUUCCCGAUUUGAUGAUGGUAUAAAGAUGGAUGAAGAAGGAUGGUUUUCUGUCACACCAGAGCUUAUUGCAAGACAUCAUGCAUCUCGUUGUGGUAAUGGCAUUGUCAUCGAUUGUUUCACUGGGGUUGGUGGAAAUGCUAUCCAGUUUGCAAUGAAGAGCAGCCAUGUUAUUGCUGUUGACAUUAAUCCAAAAAAAAUUGAAUAUGCACAACAUAAUGCAUCAAUUUAUGGAGUUAAUGAUCGGAUAGAUUUUGUUGUUGGUGAUUUUUUCCAGAUGGCCUGCCGAUUGAAGGGAGACACUGUGUUUUUGUCACCUCCUUGGGGAGGACCGGACUAUGCUAAAGUUGUAACCUAUGAUAUCAGAUCCAUGCUUAAGCCUCAUGAUGGCUACCAUCUCUUCAAAAUUGCCAAGACCGUUGCUUCCAAAGUAGUGUUGUUCCUACCUCGGAAUGUUGACAUAAACCAACUGGCAGAGUUGUCUUUAUCAUUAAAUCCUCCAUGGGAACUUGAGGUUGAGAAGAACUUUUUAAAUGGAAAGUUCAAGGCAAUUACUGCUUAUUUCAAUUGCAGAGCAACUUGAGAGGAGACAUUUGGCAAUCACUUCGAUUACUAAUAGUUCUGUUUAUCUAUGGAGGAGCAUGUGUGAGAGGCAACAUUGAAAUGGCUGGUACAGUAUGGUGAUUUGUAUGAUGUAAAUAAAUUCUUGUAUAUAUGUUGAUUUGGUCAUUUACAUAGCCAAACAUGCAUCAAUAGCGUUCAAGAAUUGUAUAUUAGGAAACCAUGUAAUGUUAUCAAAGUAACUUAUGUAUUUAAGCUAUGUGGUUUUUAUUUUUUUUUGUGGUGAUCGCAUCUAUCAAGAAUGGUUGAAAGUGUAUGUUUUUAGAGAGGAUGAAAUUUUUAUUUAUAAAAAAAUAAUUUUACA